CCGCAGGACUCCUGUUUCUCUCCAACACCAUCAGGCAUCAUGGUCGCUGAGAAGAACGCCACCACAGGCCUUGAGGUCACUGACCCUACCCUCCGCUCUGACAACGAGAAGUCGCCGGCCAUCUUCAAUGACGCUUCUGAUGCCAGCUCCAACGGCGUCGGCGAGUACGAUGACCUCCCUGACCCAGAUGCUGGCAAGAGCGGCGAGGAGCGAGCCAAGCUUGACAAGGCUCUUGUGUGGAAGAUGGACCGAUGGCUGAUCCCAUGGCUCUCCCUCCUCUACCUCUUGUCCUUCUUGGACCGCACAAACAUUGGUAAUGCCCGUGUUGCGAAAAUGGAGCCUGACCUGCACAUGGGUGGCCGCGACUACAACAACGCCCUUACCAUUUUCUUCAUCUCCUAUGCUGGUUUCGAGCCCCUGACCAACAUCCUGAUAAAGAGGUGGUCUCCCCGCGUCUUCUUCACCGCCAUCAUCCUCGCCUGGGGUAUCAUCAUGACCCUCAUGGGUGUCGUUCACAAUAAGGCCGGUCUCCUUGCCUGCCGUUGGUUCCUUGGUAUCGCUGAGGCUGGUCUUUUCCCUGGUGUUAACUACUACCUCUCUUGCUGGUACAAGCGCCAGGAGCUCGGUCUCCGUGCCGCCCUGUUCUUCUCCGCUGCUGCUCUUGCUGGUUCCUUCGGUGGUCUCCUCGCCGCUGCCAUCACCGAGAUGGACGGUAUCAGUGGCUACGAGGGAUGGCGCUGGAUCUUCAUCAUCGAGGGUCUCAUGACCGUCGGCGUCGGUGUCGUCUGCUGGUGGAUGACCUUCAACUUCCCCGACACCGCCUCUUUCCUCAGCCCUGACGAAAAACUCCGUGCUCUCCGUCGUCUCCGCGCUGACGGCCAGUCCCGUGCCACCGUUGGCCACAUCGACCGCCGUCACGUCUACGCCGCGCUCAAGGACUGGAAGACCUGGGGCUACGCCGUCAUCUACAUGGGCUGCCUCUGCCCUCUGUACUGCUUCUCGCUCUUCCUCCCCACCAUUCUCCUCGGGAUGGGCUACACCGGCACCAAGGCCCAGCUCAUGUCUGUUCCUCCCUACGCCGUUGCUGCCGCCAUGACCGUCAUCAUUGGUUUUAUCGCCGACCGCACGAAGUGGCGUGGCUACUGCAACAUGGUCAUCUCGCUCAUCGGUUGCAUCGGUUUCGCCAUGCUCCUUGCCACUGACAACGUGCACGUCCAGUACGCGGGUACCUUCCUUGGCGCCGCCGGCAUCUAUCCCACCGUCUCCAACACGCUCACUUGGGCAUCCAACAACGUCGAAGGCUCGCUGAAGCGCGGUGUCAUGGUCGGUGUCGUCGUCGGCUGGGGUAACAUGAACGGUGUUGUGUCCUCCAACAUCUACUCCCAGAAGGAGAAGCCCAGGUACUGGACCGGCCACGGUAUUGUCCUUGCCUACAUGUUCUUGUUCCUCUUCGGUGGAACAGUCUUCAUGCACUUCAUGCUCAAGCGCGAGAACAGGCUGCGCAAGGAGGGCAAGCGUGACCACUGGAUGUACAAUAAGACUGAGGCAGAGAUUGAGAUCAUGGGCGACAACCGCCCUGACUUCAUCUACACCACUUAAGUGUGCGUGUUGAGGGUUUCGUUUCUCGGUGACCGGAAUAGUUCGAUAUCAUGUCUUGUUCCCAGCCUGGGGCUCGACGAGCAAUUUGCAUGCGCAUAGUUCUCUGAGAUAUGAUUGUUAGCAAAUACUCAUUUACACUUCAAACUCUG